GGGGAUGCUCCAGCAUCUGUGCAGGUCACUGUCCUGCCUCUCCUUGCUUAUUAUCAUACACACACCCCGGAGGCCUUCUGUCGCAUUUCACCUUUUGACCUCGCCCUGGACACGUCCACCAUGUCAUUAUGCAAACCGUGUGUAAUCCCACUCGGACCUCCCGGGCAGGCGUGCUGGCUACAACCUGGGCCAGAGACAACUCCGAGGGUCGACCAACGGGGCCUUGAGAGCACGUGGCUCGUCCUCGUGUGCCUUGACAACGCCUGCUGCUGGUGUUCACUGGAGUGUGACCGGCUGUGUAGCAUCACCACACCGUGUCGGAUAGACACUACAGCGGGUGGAGGAGUUGGCCGACUACACCAUCAGGUUACAGUUGAUGGCAAGUUGUCGGCGACUGAUGGAGUUUGGAGACAAGGUGUAGUCAGAGAAGGAAACAAUCAGUGAAGAUGGCUUCUCGUCAUUGAAGACCGCAGUGUUAGUGAAGGUAGUGCAUCAUCUCUGAAGUUCACCUGUCGCCGAUUCACCUGGAAGUAUCCAACGAGUUUUUCGAAAGGAAUCUUGUCUGCGUUGUCUGAGAGGCUGUUUGUCGAGCCAUGAUACACUUGAGAAGAAAGCCGGCGAAGACAUGGAGCUGGAGCUAUCAAGAGAGAGGACUGAGUGGCUUUCAGUAGCUGCUAGUACAGCCAUUGUUACUGCCAUGAUAUCAGUGUUUACCAUCCCAGGAAGCAUUAGCUUGCAAUGAGCCAUCCUUCGUGGGUUGCUGCAGCCAACGGCAGCCUCCACAACCCCGGCCACCGGCUGCGGUCCCUCUCCCUCCAACCCUACAGCCAAGACUUUCACGACCUUCGACUGGCCGGCACGCCGACACGAUGGCACCCAGACUACUCCCAGACAAGGAACACAUACUUUCAGAGGUCACAGAGUGCUGGUGCCACCAUCAGUUCUGGACUGGAGCCGAUACCAGAAGGUCGAGCAGCUGUUCAUCGCCAGAAGCACGCGCUGGCCGCGGGUCACCCACGUGCAAACAAUGUCAAGGACACGGCACAGCGACGUCACUCCGAAGGUGACCUCUUGGGUGACCCGGGGCGGUGGCGCUUCGUGAAGAGAGCCCCUCAGCAAGAAAACAGGAGGCGAAGCUCCCAGGGCGACUUCCAGACAGCUCGGACAUCGCCGUCCGCAGCGGAUCGUCCGUCCAGGCCAAGCGCAAGGUGAGUGUCAUCGCCUGGCCUGACGAUACCAGCGAUGGUCGCAUCGUGCAGGACACUCGGCCCGACCUCAGAAGACAGAGUUCGCAGGCAUCUGACCCCGACCUCGCCCCGCGCCGGGUGUCCGUGCACGCGAUGCGACAGAACAGCCAGACAGACGAGUGUGGGAACUGUGGAGGAAGUGACGUCAAAGUCUCGCCGAAAGAGUGCGGGGAGCCGGAGCGUGGCUGGCAGCGACAUGAGCGCCGCCACUCGGAAAGCCAGCACCAUCAGCUUGACAGCCACGGCCAUAGACAGCAGCCAGUCUCUGGCUUCCAGAGCAACACUGGCUUCAGUGGACAUCCCCCUGGACUUCCUGCAGCAGCCAGUCACGCGCCUGAACACCGUCCUCCGCCCCGUGCUGAUGCUCGUGCUCGUCCUGACCCUGGCGGCCAGCCUGGGCGCCGCCCUCUACUUCGCUGUCGUCCUCAACAGAGCGCAGGCCAGAGAGAUAGCAUACCUGCGGGCUACUCUGAGGCUUCCCCUGCAGGAGUCGGAGUACCAGAGCCUCGUGGUCCAGCCAUCGUCCCAAAAGGAGGAAUUCGGUCAAGAGUUCUGCAAGUGGAUUGACCAGCGCUAUCAGACAAGUGUUUUAGCUUCCAAGUACAGAGGCUGCAGGGUCUCCUCUCUAGAUCACCAAAGAGUUGCUGUUCCUGCUGUACUUCUACAAAGCGCAGAACGUGACGUCACAAGAGGUGCGAGAGGACGUCAUCAUUACCGUGCUGACGUCAUCUGCUACCAACGAGACAGGUGGCGUGGUGAUCCUAGACAGAGUGCAUGUCCAGGCGAGCGCCAUCACCGUCUUGUCGCUGACCGUGUCCACCCAAGGACCUGAGGCUGAGGUCAAGGACACGGUGCGUGACGGGCACAGCAGCGCACAGUCGUCUCUGAGGACAUCUUCCGUCACGUCA